AUGCUCUCCUGGAUGGGCAAAAUGAUUGGACUGAACAACGACGGCAACUCAUACUUUCCUGUCGCCCCCAAAGAACCCUUCAUUCCUAAUCCAUCAGAAGUCCUCGAGAUCCAGCAGAUCCUAUCCCAAGUCCUGCCCCCCGAACUAUCUUUCCCCAUCUUGGAACACGCCGGAUAUCCACCACCGGUCAUCGCCGAGCGGACAGAGACGAAAGUUUACACCGCUAGGUUCGGGAACAACAUCUGGGACUUGGAGAGUCAAGAGGACAAGAGGAAGGAGUUUGAGGAUUAUUGGUUCUAUUUAGAGACGGACGAGCUUUGGGGCAACGUUCAGCCGGGGAUUUCUGGUGGAGACGUGGAACUGGAUGACGAGUCCGAGACCGAGGCGGAUAGCCUCGACCCGGGACCUGCUGCACUCGAGAUUGAUGGCAACAAUGGCGAGACGCCUGCGACCGAGGAGCUCGACGAAGCUCCCUUCGAAUCCGUCUGGUGGAUUAAAGAGAUCGUCGUGACCACAACAUCUCGUGACCAAGGCUGGUCAGACACUCCGGAACACCGUGGCACGUACAACCAGUCUUACACCUGGUUCGACAUCGCUAUCAAACGCCCCGUCACUCCCGACGGACCGUUCGAGUAUCUCGACGGCGAUUUCGAGCUUCAGAGGAACAAGCACGCUCAUCCGGUCUGGGAGACGCAUACGAACACGCUGCCCUUACACGAAUCGUUCUUCAGGCGGUUGAGGGCUGGAGACGUCUUGGUAUUAUUGGCCAAAUCCAGGUACCCGGGAUGGGCGAAUCACGUCAAGUCUGCCAAGAUAGAGAUCAAGUAUUCGCUGUGA